GGAGAGAGACAGAGAGAGAGCAGGAGGGAAGCACACUAGAAGAGGACAAACCCGCAGCAUAAGACGGCAACAGCAGCAAGUCUCUCUCUGUCUUGGAUCUCCUGGAGUCGGGCUGUCGGGUUGUCGCUGUCUGAGUGGAUUCUCUCACUCCGCGCCUCCAUGAUCAGAACACUUUCCCACUGGCUACGCUGAAGUCUGGGCUUCAUCCUACACUGAGUUGCUGCCACUCCUCCGAGAUGGUUCAAGCACUUUUGAGCUGAACUUGACUCCAUGCCCAUGAGGACCAGCCAUCCCUGGCAUACCCUCUCAUUAAGAUGGGAAAUGCCUCCGAAACAUUUAUAUUAACCUCCAGUAUAUCCAAAGACAAUGAUUUCAUCAUGGGGACCAUCUACACCAUUUUUGAUCUGAACUGUCUUCCAGGUGUGCUGUCAGUGGCGGGGAACGGGAUCCUUCUGUUCGUGGCCUAUAGAAAGAAAUCCUCCCUGAAGCCAGCCGAGUUAUUUGUGGUUAAUUUGUCCAUCAGUGAUUUGGGAAUGACCAUAUCUCUAUUCCCUCUGGCAAUCCCCUCUGCAUUUUACCACAUGUGGCUGUUCAAUAAGACAACCUGCAUUGUCUACGCCUUCUGUGGGGUUUUGUUCGGCCUGUGCAGCCUGACAAACCUCACAGUCCUCUCCAGCGUCUGCUGGCUCAAAGUAUGCUGCCCAAACUACGGUAAUAAGUUCUCUCACUGCCAUGCCCACCUGCUGGUUGCUGGAGUCUGGGUCUACGCUGGAGCCUUUGCCAUAGGACCCCUCACCGGUUGGGGGGAGUACGGGGCUGAACCAUAUGGUACGGCAUGCUGUAUCAACUGGCAUGCUCCCGGUCAGAACUCGGCAGCUAUGAGCUACAUCAUUUGCCUCUUCUUCUUCUGCUACAUCGUGCCCUGCAUUGUAAUAUUCCUCUCCUAUAUAUUCAUCCUUAUGACUGUGCGCGGCUCCCGCCAGGCCGUGCAGCAGCACAUGUCCCCUCAGAACAAGAUUGCCAAUGCACAUACUCUCAUUAUUAAGCUCUCUGUGGCGGUAUGCAUUGGCUUUCUGACAGCAUGGAGUCCCUAUGCUAUUGUAUCAAUGUGGGCAGCAUUUGGGGACACCACAGCCGUCCCACCGCUGGCUUUUGCAAUGGCAGCUAUCUUUGCAAAGUCCUCAACACUUUACAACCCUAUUGUUUACCUAGUUUUCAAGCCUAACUUCCGCAAGUCCCUUUGUCGGGACGUGGCCCACUGCCGACGGACGAUCUGCGGAUGCUUACUAGAGCAAAGUACCUCUCAGAAGGGGAUGUGCAGUCAACCCGAACACCAAGAGGAGUCCAAUUCAGUCCAGUAUUCCAACGGACUACCAGACAAGACAUGCAAACACUGCAUUGAAAGUGACACACAAAAUAGAAGGAACUACUCUGACUACAAGCUCCAGCAGACCGCAAGGAUUCUCCAAGGGUCGCAACACAGCGAGGUCGCCGUCAGUCAGCUCUCCAACGAGUUGCAGAGCGAUUUCCUCUGAGAUGUAUUGACUGGAGAAAAGAUAUAUAUUUAAGCCUCAAAUAUUUAUACUGCCAAUACCGAAUCAAAAGCCAACACAGACUGAAGAAGCAUGAUCAACUAAAGCAGUGGUAUCAGAUCUAGCAGGCCUGUGAUCUACUCCCUACCUUUAAUGCGUUUGUUUUGAGUACUGUACUAAAUGUGUUAUUUUUCUCUGAGGAUGGAAGACUGAAAAGUGCCAAUUUUAUUCUAAUUUAUGACAGAAAUCGUUCAAUGGCAGCCAUGUUUUUUGAAGCAUAGCAAGCGACCGCAUUCAUCUCUAAAUACCUCAUUAUUUGUUUUGCCAUUGACAUUAUGAGCAAGGCACCAGUGUGCUGCCGACAACCGUUUAAGUUUGUCAAUGUCGCCUCACCACUGCAUUGACACCUGUAGCGACAACACUGCAUCGACAAUUACCUCAGGAAAAAUGGGCACCAUUCAGGAAAAACUACUCUUGAAAUAAGUCUCUAAUUGCUCUUUCCAUUACAUCCAGUCUAAUGGAGAUUGUUUUGAAUCAAAACCAGCUGCCAUUUUCUUCAAAGGCACUCAGACCAUUGUGGCCCAAUAUUGAUCAGCUUGCCACAGAAACUCAAACAAUUGCAUGCGUAAUAAGACAACAACAGCAUGAAGCUCACAUCUGUUCAGUUGCUUUGUUUGCAGUGUGUUUUGUUUCAGGCGAGAAAAAAAAAAACUAUUAUGAGUGGAAAUAAAAUAGAUUGCCACUAGCAUCUACCAGAUUUUUAAACAGCGGAUCUCAUCAUUUCCAAAAAUCUUUCACAUUGCAUUCUCACAAUUUCCUGAAGCAGAUUUGUCCGUUAAGGUUUGUGGUGGAUCGAAAAGCAUUUCAGACUGCAUGCCGAAUGUAUAUUUUUAUGAUGUGCCUCAUUGAACUUUUUUAAAUUUAAAAAAUAUAUACUAGUGACAAAGCAGUUUUAGCCGCAUUAACACAAUGCCAAAACAAAACAAAAAAAGUUUCGCACUACCCCAGGCAAGUUAUCAAGUGAAAGCGCACAAAAAGAGAAAAAAAAGGUCCCAGUGAGGGACAAGAAUGAUUAAAUCUGCUCCGCCAUGUGUUGAUAGCUGCCACUGCCGGUAUCAUCGCGCCACUUUUUUUUUCAACGCACAGAAUGCACGUCGCUGCAGUUUUCAGAAUAAUAACUGCAAGACCACUUUUCACCCUUUCCUUUGGACGACUGAAAGAAUCAUUUGCUUAAUUUAUGCAAAACAACCAUGUCAGCAUGUGUUUUUCUGCUGCCAGCAGUCAGACUGGAGUCGCUGCUCCGGUUUUUGGCAGUGAUUGCUCAAGAAUAAAUUUACACUCAAUCACCGGCGCAACGUGAUCUACCUUGCAGAAGUCUUACCCUAUUUAGCUCAGGAUUUAUGUAUCCUUAGAAAAACACAGCAUAUAUUUAUAUAAACAUAACGCUGCCAUGUUAAUGUCUAUAAGCCCGUGGGGGAGGGCCUGAGCUGAAGGUUUCACCUGGCUUGAAAAGUACUCUUCCUCAAACCAAGCAAACAUCGCAAGCCAAAGACUUAGCAGAUGCAAUUACAUUUUAUAUAUAUAUAUAUACAUAUAUAUAUAAGAAAAUAUAUACAUUUUUAAUUGCAAUUUAAACAUAUCACCAUGAUUUUAUUACCAUAUAUAUAUGAGACAUUGUAAUUCACAUUUUAUAGUUUCCCAGCCACGAAAGCGCUCUCAUAUUUCAAUUGAGCAUUUUCACAUACAUUAGCCUGUCAGUUCACAACAGCCUCCAUCUAUUUAUCCGCCACCUUACUUUCUCAUUCAGCAACUGUCAGUUUGUAAAUGCUCUGAAAGGGUUCGGAUGGGUGCAAGAUGAAAUGUUUUAUUUCCUCUCACAUCAGAAAAGAGCAAAUAUUGAACCUCACUUCCUGGUGGGGGCCAGAAGAUCAAACCUGGCCAUCGAGGUGAGCCCUUUAAAUGCAUAUUCAAAUGAAGGGUGGGGCAUAUUUUGAUGAAUUAAUUCCAGAAAAAUAGAAUUAUUUGGUGAAAAAACAGAUAAGUCACAUGUAAACAUUCUUUCCAGGGAACAAUUUUUCAAUCCACCUUUUUCCAGCGGUGUCACAAACAAAAUCAUCCCUGAUGAAGAUGAAUAAAUAAGAUUCAAAAGCCAAAAAGACUUUUCUCAUCACUUCCAUCCUGAUGUUUAAGCUUAGAGGUAACAAUUCAACUAUGAUUUGAUCAGAUAAAAAGCAAUUCGUUUCUAUUAUAAUUAUGUUUCUAUGAUUUAUAUUAUCAUCAAGUCCCACCUCUAAUUUAAAUUCAAUGUAUAUUGAUGUUUUGUGAAGGGUUCAGGAUGCAUCUGUGAAACUACAACAGGAGUUGCUGGUUCACUCAUCUAAAGGAAAAAAAUGGGGCAAAACCUCAUCCAACUUCUCAAGUUGCAGACUGAUUUUGGUUUCUUUGACCGACGCGGACGAUAAACCCCAGCUGUGCUGAUGACCUAGUAGUAACUUAGUAAUGGACUGUCUGUUGUUCACGUAAACAGACCAUAUAUGCUGCAAACUCUAAACUGUGAUUUAAAAGACUGGCGCUGACCAGUGAAGCAAGUUGAAAUGGAGUUAUAAAUGCAAUUUUUACAUGUAAAAAAAAGCUGAUAGUAUUUAUUUUCAGUAGUGGAAGAUAUGUAAGAGUGGCAAACUGAAGCAGGAGGAUCAUAAGAACGUCUCAACCAAAGGUGAAAGGGUUAAAGUCACUGUCAAAGCCAAAAUAAAUGCUUUUCCUACCAGGUUGCCAGGUUUGAAAGCCCAUACAUAUCAAAGACUGAACUUCCAGACUUGUUCUGGAUGGACUUUGCGGAGCGCACUGACAAACUGUGAAGCUGUUUUUGACACGAGGAACACUGCAAGUACGUGAUUGUAUAUUCCUGCUGUAUUCUACUGAACAUUAGCGAAACACGAGUGCAGGGACUCCAUGUCUUAGCAUGCUGUAUGUAGAUGUACGUUUAUACGCCAAAUAGUAAUGAAAUCAUGUCAAAUGAGGAGGGCAGAAGACUGCUGGCACUGCGCUCAAGUCAACAUCCAGUUUAAUGCUGGAGGCUUCGGAGAUGUUUUAACAUGUGUUUCGUGUAAUGUGUCUUUUGCUGUUUCCACUUUCUGUUUAUGCAGCUGUGUAUUGUUUCAUUUAAUUCCCUUUAAAUACAGCAGAAACUGUCCCCAUAGUUGGCUCAGUUUCCGUAGCCUUGAAGCGAUGAUUUUAAUGAAAAUACUUCUAAAACCAAUUCAUUCUUCUUCUUACCAAAUACUUUCUUUAAGUCACAAAGCCCGAAUACACAUUAUAAUUACAACUAUUUACUAUUAAGAUGAAGAUAAUUUAAUAUCACUUAGGUGUUGUAUUCCGUGUUAAGAGUGUUGCACAUGAACAAGCUGAAUGUAAAUGUGUCGGAGUCUUUACACCCGAAGUUUUGUGGUGUGUAUGCAACAAAAGAGGUGUGUUCUGCAAAUGAUAAUUCAUAAAACUAAGCUUCGUCAUUGCUCAUUGGAACAUUGUGAGUUGGCAUAAAAUGGAAGAAAACCAAGUGCUCGUAUUACAGCUUCUAUUUUAUAAUACUGUGCUUAGAAAAUGUGAGUUUUGAAGAGCAGAAAGAAAACAUUCUGUUCAAGCCACGCUUUGCUUCUUUUGAAACCAUCUUUUGUCUCCAUGUCCACUGGUCUCAGGUGAAUUGCAAUGUAAAUAGAGUAACAUGCGUAAAACUGUCUUCUCACAUGAAUCACGCAUGAAUGUGAUGUGUUGUUGAGACUCAUGUUUGGAAAUA